ACUUGCGCGCGGGCAGAGGUUUUCCACUGAAUUUGCUCAUUGCAGGAGGGGGCUUCAUGAGUUAAAGCAAGAUUAAGAAAUUGCACUCCUGCUGCUGCAUAAAAAUGAAAUUCAAAGCCAAGUGAUGAGGCUUUAGAAGUCGUGGUUUGGGCUUAUUGAUAGUGAAGGGGCUGGGGAAAGGUCCAGUUCUGUUCCGUGCCCGAGCUCCACCAGAGCCCUGCUGAGCCCGAAGCGAGGCAUCUGGUCCCCUCUGCUUCCCCGUCAAUAAAAUGACAACAAUCCCAGUUUCUCAGCUGGAUGGAUGCAUCGUAAGACGGUACAGAAGUACUUCAAGAUCUCUAUUAGAAAGCUGCUGCUUCGACAGAAGAAUGAAAGGAGGUGGAGGGAAACGCAAAGGCAAAAGCAAAAAGUGGAAAGAAAUCUUGAAAUUCCCUCACAUUAGCCAAUGUGAAGAUCUCCGAAGAACAGUAGAGAGAGAUUACUGCAGCAUAUGCGAAAAGCAGCCGAUCGGAAGGCUUCUCUUUCGGCAGUUCUGUGAAACUCGACCCGAGCUCGAGUGCUGCAUUAGGUUCCUCGACUCGGUGGCAGAAUAUGAAAUUGCUCCAGAUGAAAAGCUGGGAGAGAAAGGAAAGGAAAUCAUGAUGAAAUACCUCACCCCAGAGUCUCCAACCUUCGUUCCUGAAGUCAGUCAAGAUCUUAUCCAACAGACAGAGGAGAAACUGGAAAACAGCCCCUGCAAAGAGCUUUUCUCUCACUGUACAAAAUCCGUCCUUGACCACCUCAGUGGGGAACCCUUCCAAGAGUACCUAAGCAGCAUGUACUUCGACAGGUUUCUCCAGUGGAAGUGGUUGGAAAGGCAACCGGUAACAAAAAACACGUUUCGGCAGUACAGAGUUCUAGGGAAAGGCGGCUUUGGGGAGGUCUGCGCUUGCCAAGUCCGAGCAACGGGGAAGAUGUACGCCUGCAAGAGAUUAGAGAAGAAGAGAAUAAAAAAGAGGAAAGGCGAAUCCAUGGCACUAAAUGAAAAGCAGAUUUUAGAAAAAGUCAAUAGUCAGUUUGUAGUCAAUUUAGCCUAUGCCUAUGAAACAAAGGAUGCACUGUGCUUAGUUCUGACUAUCAUGAAUGGAGGUGACCUGAAGUUUCACAUCUACAACAUGGGGAACCCGGGCUUUGAGGAGGAAAGAGCUUUGUUUUAUGCAGCAGAGAUUCUUUGUGGCUUAGAAGACCUACACAGAGAAAAUACUGUGUACAGAGAUUUGAAGCCAGAAAAUAUCCUCCUAGAUGAUUAUGGCCAUAUUAGAAUAUCUGAUUUGGGUCUAGCUGUUAAAAUCCCUGAGGGUGAAUCAAUCCGUGGAAGAGUAGGAACAGUGGGGUAUAUGGCUCCAGAAGUGUUGAACAACCAGAGAUACACGCUCAGCCCUGACUACUGGGGGCUAGGCUGUCUCAUAUAUGAAAUGAUUGCUGGGCAAUCACCGUUUCGUGGAAGGAAAGAGAAGGUGAAGAGAGAAGAAGUGGACAGAAGAGUUCUGGAGACAGAAGAGGUGUACUCUCAUAAGUUUUCCGAGGAGGCCAAGUCCAUCUGUAAAAUGCUCCUCACCAAAGACGUGAAGCAGCGGCUGGGAUGUCAAGGAGAAGGUGCAGCAGAAGUCAAGAGGCAUCCAUUUUUCAAGAGCAUGAAUUUCAAGAGGUUAGAAGCUGGAAUGCUGGAUCCUCCCUUUGUCCCUGAUCCCAGAGCAGUGUACUGCAAGGAUGUGUUGGACAUCGAGCAGUUCUCCACCGUGAAAGGAGUUAACCUGGACCAAACAGAUGAUGAUUUCUAUUCCAAGUUUUCCACAGGAUCGGUGUCGAUUCCAUGGCAAAAUGAGAUGAUAGAAACAGAAUGUUUCAAAGAACUGAAUGUAUUUGGACCAAAUGGUACUAUCUCACCCGACCUAAACAGAAGUUACCCUCCCGAGCCACCCAAGAAGGGAUUGCUACAGAGGAUAUUUAAACGGCAGCAUCAGAACAAUUCAAAGAGUUCUUCAAAUUCAAAGGCCAGUUUAAAUCACCACAUAAAUUCCAAUCACGUAAGUUCAAACUCCACUGGAAGCAGCUAGUUCCAACUCAGCUGUAUGAAACAACAUGUUGCAUCCUUCCACUAUAAUCUAUGGAGCUUCUAUGGAUGAGAGAGCCUCCACCAUUGAGUGAAAAUAAAAAGGAUCUCCCCAAAAUGGGGAUUUUCUAUCCAUUCCUUCCAUUGGAGCCUCGCAUUUUAAGAAGAAUUUUCCACUCAGGUCUGUUUUUGGAGGUGGCACUCAAGACUGUGUGAAUCCAAUUUGUCUAUUAGAACAUUGCAAUAGAAAUCCAAUGAACAUGACUACUUGCACGUAUUUAAAUAGCAUCAUACUAGAACUGAAUUUUGUCUUUAUUAUUUUUAAAGAAAAGUUUUGUAAAUUUCUCUAUUGUCUCAGUUUACAUUUUGUACAUUUGUAUUUAAAUGAAAGUCAGACUUUGGAGGUGUAUAUUUUCCAAGCAGCAGCUGUAAAGCCAUGUGUUUUAAGACAUUUUUUUAAAGGAAAAAAAAAAACCCAAUGUGACUCAAGACUUCCAGAGCCUCAAACGAGAAAUCAUUCUUUUUAGUAACUCUAGACAAUUAUUCAUAAAUCACUUUCUCCGACUGGGUUUUACUGACAUGCAUUUUUAUGGAACAGUUUCUUCUUAAUUAUUUGACAUCUGUAUAUUUGUUUUACAGCAACACUGCAUCCAUUUCUCCUCUUCGUUAGUUUGUAGUGUCUCGCAUUAAAUGCUAAAAGACAAGGUUUUGAUGCAUUCAAGAAUGCUACUUGCUACGCCGAAGGUUUGUGGUGCCGUGGGACCAGCACAGCUGAGAUUUGCACUUACUUUUGCUGUUAUCUCCUCAAAAACAGUUUAGUUAGAAAGGGAACCUGAUUUUAAGCCCUUCUCCUCCACCAGUUUUUGCUCUAUUUCUAAUGGCAGCAAGAACAAAGCUGGGUGAGAUAUGGCCAGGAGAGCAAAUGACCAUGUGUUUUUCAAGGACUUGAAACCUACAUCUGCUGAAAUGAGAGCAACACUCAAAGUGUUCUCCAUGCAAGCAGUCAAAAGUCCAAGGCCGUUCCGCAGCUGUUCGUAUCAAACAGGUAACAAUAGGGAAAUUCCAUAGUCUGGUUUGAGCUGAUCGUGAGAUUCAUGACAGAUGGCUAGAGCCGAGCAAUGGGGGUUCAGAGUGGGAUCUGAGCUGCUUCUGAGCAGGAGCAGAACCCAUAGGUUGUGUCUGCACUUAGAGCACUUCCAUGGCUCGUGCCAAAUGCACCAUGACUCGUCCCCUCGAUUAGAUCCUCAACUUAGUUGAAUAAAAUGCCAGUUAUGAAAUAACACCUCCCACUUUUGAUUCCAUCGUUCUUUGUCCAGGAUCCUUUAACCGUUGAUGAAAACAUUGUUCCUGCUGGUGUAAAGAGAACCAGUCAGGAUCAGUAGCAGUGCCUCAGGCAUCAGAAUCAUGCUCUUCUUAAGUAUGCCACUAUGUAUUAUUAUUAUUAAGAACACCAAAUCCUUCCCUCCAACAGGAAUUGGAAAUCUUAGUCCCCUCCAAGUGCUGAUAGGAUCUCUGUAGCCCAGAGUGUUCUGUAAUAGCCAAAAUUCAUUAGACUACUGUGUAUAUGUUCUAUCUGGCCAGAGAGGAAAAAUGAUGCAGGUUAGUGAGUGAGAAGCCACAGGAAUUUCAUAGUAAAACAGCUUGAGGUCAUGAGGGACAGAGACAGAAUAGGGACAGAAUUUGCAUAAAGCAGCUGGCAGAGAAGAGUCAAGAAUGGGAGAUGAGGCUUUGGCGCCUUUAUCAGGAGUAAAGUAUGUUAAGAUGCAAGAUGACGUUAUUUGAAAAGCCUCCAGAUCCUGGUCGUUAGAAGGCAUGUAGGGAAGCUGUGAAGUGUGCCAUAUCAUCACCAAAAAGUUGUUCCUCCUUUUCCUUCUAACCAAUGUGGUCCAGAAGUUCCUUCCCCCUGUACUGGUGGUGCUCGGGGAGAGCUUCAGACGCUCUUCCGUGUCAGAUGAUGGCAGUGCUGGUCUUAUAGAAGAUACAAGAUUUUACAGAGACAGUAAUAGGUGAGAGUUCUGAGUAAUUUUCUCUCUCUACGAAAGCUGUAAACUAAAUCUAAAAUGAUUUUAGCUUCCUAACGGGAGAGGAAUGAAAUAGUGUAAAGGUGAAAGCCAGUAUGCACAGAUAGGGCUCUUUUCUCCCGUUCUGUUCUCGUGGCCUGACCUAGGUCUACAGGAAUGUGAUCAGUUGCUCGAGCACGCUCAGGAUGAAGACACACUUGUCUUGGGAGGCUUUCACAGGCCUUCUUCACCUGAUUUUAAGAAGGUGAGAUCUUAGCCAGACAACUGAUGUCUGUCAGCGUACCUGAGAUAAGACAAAACACCUUUUAGUUCUUCUUUGAGAGUUAAAAACAAAAUAAGGAAAGCAAUCUGUAAUACUAAUAAAACCAUGGGCAGGCAAGGGAGACUGUGAGUUCCAGAGGACAGUGUGAAAAAAAAUGCUACAAUGUGUGUACCUUCAGGAAGCAUCCAGUGGCAGUUGUUGUCACACAGUGCUGCGUGUUCUUUUUUGGCUCACAGGGUUUUGAGUAACCUGGGAAUUGCACACACAAGGUCCUGUUAAGCACAGGGUCUGGCCCAUGGCUCAAAGGCAGCAGCAUCUCUGUGAGGGUCAGAUGGAACAGUUUGAUGAGGCGAGUAGGUAUGCGCUGAGCCUGCAUGACCAGCCACCACGCAGGUCUCUGUUCCACACAUCUGGGCCUCAGCCUGGAGUUCCCAAUGGAGGCUUUUCUGGAAGAGCAGUAAAUGCACGCCCUUACAGCAAAGCUGCUGCUUCUUUCAGACAUCCAUGGUGGCUGCAGGACCUGGCUUGACUGUGGACAACACGUGGGUGGUUUAGCCUCUGCUCCACGGUUGGUUGUGAUUAUUUUUUCAAUUUGUAUUUGUAAUACUCCCUUGUUAUGGCUCUCAGCACCAAGGAGAUCAUUCAUCGGGCAUUUCUAGGGCUUUCUCUUACAAUCUUUGAAAAGACUGGACUUUCCUUUGAAAGAACGUCCUG